AGAAGCGCUUCGUUCACAGAUGCCCAGUGCUGUAGUUCGUCGUCACUAACUGUGGCCUAAAGAAACUAAUUACAGGUGACGUCUCGGGGAAUGGAUCAUUUUCAUAGCACAUACAAUGAAAUAUAAACGAAGUGUUUGCUGAUAUCUGCGUUGGUAGUGGUGCGCGUAUAAAAACACUUAGUCCUCAAAUUGAAUAAUAGACGUUUUGGGCAAUACCCUCUUUCAUAUUAUUUGGUUAUUUCUGUAAAGUUACGUAGGUAGAAAAUAAAAAUGAUAAAAAUUUAAAAUAAUAAAUGCAAAAAAACAAUAAAGAUAGUAAAAUUAAACAUUUUACUAUUAUUAAAAUAAACCCUGUUUCAUAGCACAUCAUCCAUGCGUUUAGAUUAUUUGGAUGCUAUAAAUUUCUACAUGCUAAAAUCGUAAACAGGCUGGGUGUUGCUCAGAGGUCGCAAUCGGGUACCCGAUACCCUACCCGAUACCCGGCUACCCGUUUGCGACCUCUGGUGUUGCUGUACGGCAACAGCAUGUGAAGCUUCGUGUUUAAUAUGAUCAAUAUCGGCAUCAUGAGCCGUGAUCAAUAUCGGCAUCAUGAGUCAUGAUCAAUAGCAUCAUCAUGAUCCAUGAUCAAUCCACUGUGGCCUGCCCUCAUUCAACGGUGGGACAGCAAAACGACACCAACUCUCUCUCCUGCAGCCCGCUCGUCGUGGCGAGCACACCUCCACAUUGGCCACGUGAUGCCAUCACACGCGACAAUGUCGUGGGAUCAAUCGACUGGGUGAUUCCCAAACAUGCACCUCUCCGUGCUUCUCUGGGCACGUUUCAGCGGUUGCUCCACACGUGUCGUGAGUGUCCGUGUUGCUGAUCCAUAAGCCAGAGUCGGUGAUACACAAUGUGAAACAGGUAAUAUACAAUGUGAAACAGGUAAUAUACAAUGUGAAACAGGUAAUACACAAUGUGAAACAGGUAAUAUACAAUGUGAAACAGGUAAUAUACAAUGUGAAACUGGUAAUAUACAAUGUGAAACAGGUAAUAUACAAUGUGAAACAGGUAAUAUACAAUGUGAAACAGGUAGUAUACAAUGUGAAACAGGUAAUACACAAUGUGAAACAGGUAAUACACAAUGUGAAACAGGUAAUAUACAAUGUGAAACAGGUAAUACACAAUGUGAAACAGGUAAUACACAAUGUGAAACAGGUAAUAUACAAUGUGAAACAGGUAAUACACAAUGUGAAACAGGUAAUAUACAAUGUGAAACAGGUAAUACACAAUGUGAAACAGGUAAUACACAAUGUGAAACAGGUAAUACACAAUGUGAAACAGGUAAUACACAAUGUGAAACAGGCAAUACACAAUGUGAAACAGGCAAUACACAAUGUGAAACGAGCGAUAUUCUGGAGGCGCACAUUGGUAUGGUGAUUUUCACGUACAAGUUCAGUUUGAUUAAUUGUAUUUCGUAAAUUAUUAGGUGCCGCUGCUGCUGCAUUGGCAGUGGUGCACAAGUACAAAGAACAAGAAGAGACUCAACACGUGCCGUGCCAAUAACCUCACUGGCCUCCCGACGCGCUAUUGAUGAGGGCCAUUGUCCCAAGCGUCACCUAUUAAUAUACUAUAAAAAAAACAAUAGUUACAUUUUCUUAUUUUAAGUUAUUGGUUUACCUUUCCUAUACUUUACACUCCUAUCGUGUGUUUGUAUUGUUUGUUGUUUUAAUGUUCUGACCUUCCCCGAAUGGACAUCUGUACAAAAUCGCUUCAUAGCUCAUCGAAUGACCUCAAGAGGUGCUCCCCAACAGCAGUCGUCCUGAUAAUCUCGACUAAGCGUAGUCAGCCAGACUCGUUGUUGUUAAGCGAAACCCACGUGGCAGCAGCGGAACACCUUAAGCGCGCAACUUUUCUUUGACGAUUAUCCUCGAGUCAAAAAAAGGCUCGAAGCUGCGUGCAUCCCAUCCGUUCGGCUCCAUGCGUUAGCGUCCGUAUCCACAUCCCAGCGCGCUUUCAUGAUGGGCUCAGCCACAGUGGAGGGGCUGGCUGUGGCCCUCUGUUCCAUCGGCUGGCUCUGCGACAUCAUCGCUUGCGCCAUUCCCAUGUGGCGGGUCACUGCCUUCAUCGGGAACAACAUCGUGACAGCCCAGGGCAUAUGGGAGGGCCUCUGGAUGAGCUGCGUGUUCCAAAGCACGGGCCAGGUGCAGUGCAAGGUGUACGACUCGGUGCUGGCGCUGGGCCCGCAGCUGCAGGCGGCGCGCUCGCUCUCCGUGCUGUCGGCGCUGCUGGCGCUGCUGGCGCUGCCGCUGGCUCUGGCGGGCGCGCCCUGCACGGGCUGCGCGCGCGGCCACGCGCGCUCCAAGGCGCGCGUCUCGGCGCUGGCGGGGAGCCUGGCCGCGCUGGCGGGCGCCCUGCAGCUCGCUCCGCCCAGCUGGACGGCGCACGCGGUCAUCAGGGACUUCCACGACCCGACGAUUCCGGCGUCGCUCAAGAGGGAGUUGGGGCCGUGCGUGUACGCGGCGUGGCUGGGCGCCGGCCUCCUGCUCCUGGGCGGCUCCCUGCUGUGCGGCGGCGCGUGCGGGGCCCACGCGGAGAGCGCGACGGGGGGCGGCGCGUGGCGCGACCCUUCGCCUGCCUGGGACCCUUCGCCUGCCUGGGAUCCUUCGCCUGCCUGGGACCGUCGUCCCCCGCAGCAGCAGCCGCCGCUUGCGGCGCCGCACGCGCACCGCCACGUCCCCACGGGCGCCGCUCGCAACUACCUGAAGCGCAACUACGUGUGAACGCGCGUUGGCGCCCCUGGGGGUGCUGGUCUUAUUGUUACGUCUUACUCUAAACUUCUAAAGUCUUUGUGGUUCGAGGGUGAUGUCUCAUUGGAACCGAAAUGAGCGACUUGGUUAGCGGACCUGUCAGGUUAACAUCAGAAUCUGAAUCUUCAUUUAGACUUUAGCAGGAAUCCGAUGAGCUACAAAGAUCCGUUUCACAGGUGUCCAGGGCGGGUCAGCAAGUUACAGCAGCAAACAAUACAAACACGAUAGGAGUGCAACGUAGAGGUAGAGGUAAGCGAGUCGACCAACAUCAGUUGGUUGGCCUUAGACUUUCACAAUACCUAAUGAACUAAGAUAAACGCAUGUAUAAGAAUGCGUGGAGUUGUCCAACUUUAGAUAUGAGAGAGUCGCCCAGAAAGUAAUACCCCGCAUUAAAAAAAAUAUUCCCACUGGAAAACGUUCAAACAUUUGGUGCUGUAAGAUUGAACUAUCCCGAUCCUUUUCCGCAAAUAGCCCCGCAACAAUUAGUCAUCAAAAUGGCAUGGCUUCGUGAUGUGCGUCGCAAACAAAGCGAGCGGCAAUUGAGUUCAUAUUCUUUGGGUCUUUCGGUAAGGUCACGUAGAUAGGUUCAAAGAAAAUAACAAAAUAACAAAAAACUGCCACGCUUGCGUUGCGAUCGAAACGUCGUAGUUUUUUGUUUUUUUGUCAUUUUCUUUGAACCUAUCUACGUGACUUUACCGAAAGACCCAAAGAAUACGAAUUCCUGCAGUCACGAAAGCUUUAAGUCAAGAUGCAAUUGAGUUGUUGACCGUGGAGAUCAAGUCAGUGGGCAACAUUCACAAAGAGGCUAAACACCGUCUACGGAGACGAUACCGGGGCACAGCAGAAGCCAUGUUGGUCACUGCUGGGUAAAACGGGGAAAGACAUCAGCAGAAGGUCAAGGAACAGCUGAUCUCUCGACACUGUGCUGCUGGCUGAUGACACGAGGUUGCGCUUGUAACCAAUACAUCCGAUGGGUUCAAUUUUCUUCAACUUAUUUUGGCCAAGAAAAAACACAGUGGGGCAUUACUUUCUGGGCGACCCACGUGGUUACAGAAAUAACAGAUCCCUACUCAACAUAGGGUGCAAGCCAUAUGCCCCCCCCCCCCACCUUAACACCUGUAAAACAUUCAGAAAGUUAUUGUGAAGACAACACAUCGGGAUGUAAAAGUGCCAAGGCGACACUGCUAACGAGCUCACACGCGACCUGGUUGCUGCACUACACACCGCCACUGGGUCGCAGCCUCUGCCAGCCGAGCAGCCGCUCGCUUCCUCAACGGGUCACCGCCCAGCCCCGUAGGGACCUGGAGGGGGCAUCUACCCCCCCCCCAUGCCCCCUGCUGACAGUUCAGCAGGUGGCAUCUACCCCCCCA